UCGGUUCGAGCGAAGUCAUCGGGACCGAAGAAGACUUUACCGCCGCCGCUGCCGCUGCUGCAGCCUCCCUCUGCCCGGCUUUCACCGGAGGAUUUUUACGGGAUAACAAAGAAGUUCUUCGGCUAUUUAGCGGAUUUUAACGGCUGUGGAUUCUCCCGGUACUUUUCUCCUUUCUCCAAGCGGCGGGCGGACUGUUCGCUGUCCCGCAGGCUGGAGGCUAGCGUCGGUUACUGCGGCUAAACAUGGUGGCCUGUAGGCACGGAGAGGAGCCGAGCCCCAGCUCUGCGGGUUUGGGGGUGUUUUAAAGGAACGCGAGGGCGUUUUGGUUGCUGCUCCACCCUUUUCUAAGUCUGCGCUUUGUUAAUCUGGAGGUUUCUACUGGGCUCCCCGUGUGUUUCCGUUAAACCCGAGCAGCAAGACCACCGGCGGCAGCAGGACCCCGUCCGUGUUCGGCGGAGCGUGGAUAAUCAUCCCGAAAAAGUUCUUCCAGGCCGCCUCAAAGUUUGCCAGCGGACCUGGGAAACUCCAGACCGUCCUGGACACUCCUCCAGCUGCUGUGUUUACGUUACGGAUGCUUUGAGGCUCUCACACCGGGAUGAAUUGUUGCACAAGUGCAGCCUGAUGAAACAGUUUGUUUUACCCCCUUCCUCCUCCUCCUCCUCCUCCUCCUCCUGUUCAGGGUCUGAUUGUUAAUCUGAGGAUUAUUAUGGAUUGUUACCAUGGCCUAAUCCAACCGGACUCUGAAUUUGGGGACUAACUGCAGAUGUAGAGGCUGACUGUGAUGGUGAUGAUGAUGGUAUCUCUUCGCGAUGAUUCUGAGUAGAGAGGAGUUCAUUACAUGGAGACUCGCCUGACAUGCCGAGGAAGGAGUUGCCACUACCUGACGGUUGGGAGGAAGCCAGAGACUUUGAUGGCAAAGUUUACUACAUUGACCACAUUAACCAGUGCACGAGCUGGAUCGACCCCAGAGACAGGCAGACGAAGCCUCUGACGUUCGCCGACUGCAUCGGGGACGAGCUGCCGGUUGGCUGGGAGGAGGCGUACGACCCCGUCGUCGGAGCGUACUAUGUCGACCACAACACCAAGAGCACCCAGCUGGAGGACCCGCGGGCCCAGUGGCAGCGGGAGCAGGAGGCCAUGCUGCGGGACUACCUGGCCGUGGCCAGUGAUGCGCUCAGCGCCCAGAAGGAGAUCUACCAGGUGAAGGAGCAGAGGCUCCGCCUGGCACAGCAGGAGUACCGCCAACUCAACGACGCGUGGAGGGACAAGUCCACGUCGCAGACGAGCUUGAAUUCCAGAUCGUCCUCUUCCAGCAAAUAUGACCCGGACAUCCUCAAAGCAGAGAUAGCCACGGCCAAAAGUCGGGUGAACAAACUGAAGCGGGACCUGGCCUGUAUGAAGCAGGAGCUGCUGUACAAAGAGCAAGGCUUCGAGACGCUCAAACAGAUCGACCAGAAGGUGUCCAACAGCCCGUCCGGUUACAGACUGCAGGAGGCCCAGGCCAUCCUCAGCGAGGUGCGCUCCAUCCGCGACGCCAUCAGCUCCGGGGAGAAGGAGAAGCAGGAGCUCAUGCAGAAACUGGCGGUGCUGAAGGACGGCUUCCGGCUGGACUCGGGCUCGCAGCAGGAGCUGUGGGGCAGCAGCACCUCGCUCGCCAACUCUGAGCUGUCCAUCCCGCGGCUCUACUCCGACGCCAGCUCGCAGACCGACAUCCCCGCCGAGUUCAUGACCAGCAGCAACAAACUGGCCGAGAAGGUUCGUGUGAGCCUGAAGUACGAGGAGGCCAAGAGAAGGAUCGCCACCAUUGAGGUGCAGAUCGCCAAACUGGACAGCGAGGCGUGGCCGGGGCUGCUGGACCCAGAACGGGACCGCCUCAUUCUCAUCAACGAGAAGGAGGAGCUUCUGAAGGAGCUGCAGUAUGUUAGCCCGCGGCAGCGGCUGCAGCCCAACGACGCCGAGAAGCUGGAGUCUGAGAAGAAGCGGCUGGAGCGAGACCUGCAGGCCGCCAGAGACAACCAGAGCAAGGCGCUGACUGAAAGGCUUCGUCUUCACUGCAAGAGGAACAAGCUGGUGAGAGAGCUGGAGGAGAACGUUCGCCUCGCCACCAUGCUGCACACGCAGCUCAAGAGCCUGUCGGCCAGCACCCUCUCCUGUUCGUCCGGCAGCAGUCGAGGCUCUCUGACCUCCAGCCGCGGCUCGCUGGCCACCACCUCCAGCCUUGGCUCCACCUCCUCCCUCAGCUUCACCGACAUCUACCUGGAGCAGCCGGAGCUUGCCGACCCGGACUUCCAGAACAAGCUGGACAGCCUCCUGCAGGAGGGCGUCCAGGGGGGCUACCGGCCCUCCAGCUCCAUCACCACCAUCCACGAGCACGAGGUGGUGACCGGCAGCGGCGCGAGAGAUGCCGGGAGACCCCAGAGCAAGGCAGGAGGCACCGGAGGAGACGCUGGAGGAGGCACAGGGGCUGGCGUGGGGGCGGAGCCGUCCAGGAUCCAGGCCCUCAGACUGUCAGAAACCCCCCGCUCAAUGAACUCCUUAUCCCCGCGCUCGUCUCUCUCCUCACUGUCUCCGCCGUGCUCGCCCCUGGUCACGGACGCUAGCUUCCUGUCAGGCGAGACGUUCGCGGGCCCGUCAGGGGGCUCCGGGUUGGGGCUCGACCUGGAGCUCCACAGCAGGCUGGCCGAGCUGGAGCUCAGGCUGGACUCUGAGGAGGAGCGUCAGGAGGAGCAGGGCGGUCCGGAGGAGAAGCAGAACCACCAUGGCGGGCUGUGCGAGGAGGUCAAAGGCUCAGCUUCGGAGCUGCGAGGGGCAGGGCCAAAGAAAAUGGGCGUUACCUCGGCCGUGUCUGACGAGUCGGUCGCUGGCGACAGUGGUGUGUACGAACCGUCAGAGCGCAAACCCGGCCUCCCCGCCGACCUCCUGCUGAGCUCCUACGAGGACCGGCUGGCGCCCGGCUGCCCACAGGUGCAGCUCGGCUUCCGUUACGAGGCCAGAGACCGACGCUUCACCGUCUACGUCAUGCAGCUGUCCAACUGCAGCGCCCUCUGUCUGCCGACCGACCAGAAAAUGUAUGUACGCGUGGCGGUGCUUCCCUGCAUGGAGGCCACUCGCUGCCUCUUCCGAACACGCAGCUCGCCACCUCGAGACGCCGUGGAGUUCAACGAGGUGUUCGGCAUGCAGAUUUCCCACAGUGCACUGCGGCAGAAGACCCUGAGGGUGGACGUGUGCGACACCAGCAAGUCGGGCCACGAAGAGUGUCUGGCGGGAGCUCAGAUCAGCCUCGCUGACGUCAGCUGUUCGGAGGAGAAGUGCACCAAGUGGUACAACCUGCUGAGUCGUGUCUACCUGCCCGAGACUCGCGUUUCCAGCGGCGACCGAGCCGGAGCGCCCGAGGAUGACGAGUGGCAUGGCGAGCCUCUGGAGGCGGACGUGUUCGAUGACGACGAAGGGCACGACGUGGAGGGGGCGGGGCCUCUGGAGGAAGAGGAUGAGUUUUAUCCCGAGAGCAGCCAAUGGGAAGCGGAGGAGGAGAAAGAUGAGGAGAAGGGGACCAAACCCCCUCCUCUUCCGACGGCGGUGGCGGCAGCAGCCACCAUCACAGAGAAGGUGAACAAGGAGACGAGCAUGGACAGCCUGCCGUUGCUGCAUCACUGCUCCGUGGUUCGGCCCAAAGAGCGGCGCCCGGACGUCCGCCAGCAGAACCCCUUCAUGAGGGGCAACACCAUCAUCCGGUCCAAGACCUUCUCGCCCGGACCUCAGAGCCAGUACAUCUGCAGGAUUAACCGCAGUGACAGCGACAGCUCCACGCUCUCCAAGAAGUCCCCGUUUGUCAGAAACGCCUCAGAGAGACGCAGCAUGCGCAUGAAGAGGCCUCCUGUACCCGUUAAAGGUCUAGACGGGCUGCUGCGGACCUCCCUGGACCUGGAGUUGGACCUGCAGGUGUCCCGGACGCGGCAGGCCCGGCUGGCGCAGGAGCUGCGGGUGCUGCGGGAGCUGAAGACGCAGCUGGAGAAGGCGAGGCAGCAGGGCCAGAAAGAGCUGCCCGCCUGGGUCCAAGAAGACGAACGCUUCCGGCUGCUCCUCAGGCAGGCCGAGAAACAGACUCGGGAGGAGCAGCAGCAGGAGAAGCGGGUGGAGAAAAUGAUGAAGGCCGCAGCCAAGGACGUUCACAAGAUCAGAGGCCAGAGCCGCAAAGAGGUCCCCGAGGUGCAGACCUUCAGAGAGAAGAUGGCGUUCUUCACACGAGCGAAGACCUGCAUCCCUGACCUGCCGGCCGACGACGUGUAGAGAAGCAUUUCAAAGUAUUUUCCCUCCGGUGUCGUUCCCUGCUGUUCCUUCCCCGACGAAGCAAACGUCUGGCGGUAUUAUGAAGAAUUAAAAUAAAUAAUAAUAAUAACACUGAUGAUAAUAAUAAGUAGGAAAAAACCUUUGAAACUGUGGAGAGAGUAAUUUUAAAGAGCUCAGCAUUUCUAAUGUGGAUAGUCUUUGUUUGUAAAUUAGCGAUAGCACUGCUGGAGCUUUUGUUUUUGUCCUUUUUUAUUCUCGUUUCCACUUUUCUGUUUUUGUUUCUGUUACUAACCGGCUGUUCUUAGACUCGUAGGUGUUUAAAAUCAUUCCAGCACAGAAUCAUACGGUCACACAUGAGCAUACGAAGACUUUUGUACUGAAAAUGGCACAAAAUCAAAAAUGGUACUCAAAGGAAAAUUCAGCUACAGCUUAAAGAUAUUUAAUAUUGACCUUCAGAUGAUGUGGGAUUUGUUUUUUUUUUAUUAUUAGAGUAUUUUCUGAGCAGACAAACAGCACAGUGUUUAAUUUUUUUUAAUUUGUUUUUAAAUGCAGCUCUCCCUACACAACAACAGUGAAACACUAAAACAUGUUUGUGGAUACGAAUCACCGCAGUCGCCGCAGGUCGUUGGAGAUCCGUCGGAGUUAUAAUCCUUAAGAUUUUUAAUCCAGGUCGGGUUUAUUUUCUACACAGACGUGAAAUUUCUGCUGGUUAAAUGAAUAAGAACAAAAAACAAGCAGCUGUGUCUUAGAGCGGGGCAGCUACAACUCCCAGGAUGCAUUUCAACAGGAAGCAUCCAGUCAGAUUCAUUUUGAGGAGAAGCUAAAGAUUAAGUAAAGAUUAAAUAGUCUCAGAUUAUAUCCCGUCCAUGUCAUGAUCAUGUUCAGUCAUAAUUCAUGUGCCUGUUUAAACCUUAAAGAUACUUUUGAGUUUUUUAUGGCCCAGUGUGGAUUAAAAAGUGACAGAAAUAAGUUUUUCAAACUACUGCGCUGUUAAACUGUAAGGAGGGCGUAGUAAACUCCAGAGGCCAAAAAGACAACUAAUCACAUGUUAUGGCUCAUUUAUAAAGAGAUUUAAGUCACUAAAUCUACAGUUUAUUGUAAAAUGAGGCACUUAGAAGUGGAGCAAAGAGAGCCAAACUGCAGCAUCUGUGUUCAGCUAAUUCUGCAGUUCUUUAGGUUUCCUGUGUGAUCCAUACAGACUUUAUUAUUAUUCAUCCAUCACUGAAGAAAUUCACCUCUCACAGCAGCGCAAGGGUCAGGAAGAAAAAGCGAAUUAGAGAUUAAUACACAAAAAUACUGUACAGGAGUAACUGAUACCAUGUACAAAUGGUACUGUAAACAGUGAAACGGACUAAAAUACACUAGAAGACUGGAAGACGGCAACAUUUUGCAACAUUCUGUCCAAACACUUUUUUUUUUAGCCCUUAGUUCUGUAUGAUGUCAUACAGAAGGGGAUUUUUAAUAUGGCCAUCUCAGGCUCCACCCAAUCAAAAGAAAGCCUUCCUUAAAGGGGAGGGGCUAAAACAGCUUCCUUCACUGAGAGGAUUAAGGGGCUGCACCGAGGUCCAGUCUGCCAUAAAGAAGGAUUAUUUUGAACUGUUAUUAAUGCAUAGCUGCUCUCUGCGAGCCGAAGAGUUAAAAAUAAGCUGCCACGCUUACUGCCAAACUGACCCUAGACUGAAAUCUUAAGGAUUAUAGCGCCGUCAUCUUCAAACACUGGCACAAACUGUAAGUUUUCUGUAAACUGAGCGACGUCGUGCUGACGGCUCAGGUGUGCGUAGCACGUCAGCAUGCCUGCACGACAGCAGCUCCGAGGAGACGUGUCACUCUGAGCGUAAUCCGUAAUCAUCGUCUCUCAUCACACAAACACAUCGGUGUAGAAACAGCACUAACUCGCACUAACACUCAGGUAGUCGAUCGGGUAGUCUGCACUUUAAGAAACUUGAGGUAGAAGUUUGAACAAAGAAAAACUUGAUGUGGGUUUUUGGAAAGUUAAACGUCUGGAAACCUUUGCCUCACGCUGGAACGAUUUCUGAUUGUCGAAACAGGAAGUGAUCUCAAACGCAUUUCUGAUGACUGUGAACUUGUUAUUGAUUGCAUGAUUGUUUGACUGGAAGCGACUGAAAAAAAAACUGAGUCGUCAGCCAAUAGGAAGACAGAAGUCCAGCUUUGCUUCGUAAGCUCCUGCGCUUCUCUCUGAUUGGCUGAUCAGUUUUUGCAGUUUUAAUUUCAGACUUCCUGCCCUCACGUUUCCACCUGUAACUGGAUGUUUGUGAAGCAUUCACUUCUAUUAGAACUGGACCUUCUGCACUUAAAACUGUUGGAUGGCGUUAGUGUGGUGCCCCAGCAAAACUCAGCAUAUCAUCUUUUAUUCCCCAGCUGGUGAUUUAAACAGUUUUUCUGCUUGUUUCAGUCUGUUUGAAGCUCUGAAAACCAGCAGAAAGACACAUUUGAUCAAACUUAUUGAAGCAUUGAGCAGCUAAAGAGCCUCAGGAGUUGGUAAAUAUUAGAAAAACCACACUCCCAAAGACUCCUGACACGUUCUAUAUAAACUGAUGUUUAAUGUAGUGUUUACAUAAACAGGCAAAAAGAAAUCUGGCACAAGAAAUUUUCAUUUUUCAGCACCGUAAGCAGCAGGAACCAAAAGAAAUCAAAUCUUUCCUGACAUCUACUGCAGGCAUUUGGUAAAGUAGCUAAUGAUGGUGCCUUUUAGAAGUAAAAGCGUUAAAAAAGUAAAUAAUAAUAAAAUGAUGGUAUUGAGUCAAUGUAAAGGGAACAUCAAAAAUAUAUAUGGAGGAUUGAAUGUGCCAAAAUAAACAAAAUAUGUGACUGAGUGAAUAAUAAAAUGACAUUAAAUGUUCAAAAAAAUAAAUGCAUGUAGGUAUUUAUUAAUUUAUAAAAUGUGACAUGAGUUAAUAUUUUUAAAUUAAUUUUAUGCAGAAAUACAGGGAAGGUCAGUAAACAGAUAUUUGUCCUACAUUUUAUAAUUGAAUGCCUUUAAUGUUGAAGAAUUUUGUUGUUUUUUACAUUUGUAAUUUAUUUAUUAAUUUGUUUGCUGUUCCAUUAUUAUUUUGGCAGUUUUGAUCCUCCAUACAGGCGUGUGUCAGGAAGUCUUCUCCAAAAUAAUGAUAAUUAUUAUUAUAAUAAAAAGUGGAAAAUUCUUCACAUGGAAAACAUUUAACAUGAAUUCUAGAUUAUUAUUACAAAAUGUUGGAUUAUAAACUACCUGCUGAACAUGGAGCGGGAAGCAGAUGAUUUAUUCAGGAGGUGGUGGAGACCAAAAAUGGAGCUAAAAAUGAACGCUGGGCCUUGAUUGGUUACUAAAGUGCCUGUGACUGCCUGAUGUUGUCACUCUGUAGCUGCUGAAUCCAGAAAUAAGCGGCUGUCUAUUGAAUAUCCGACUUUCCUUCUUGCUGGGCCACCAGGCUGAUGGUGUCGGUGCGUUUUGUUCUUCGUGUUUCCAUUCCCCGUGUAAAGAAGAACAUAGCUGACGAAAACCAAGCUGCUGCUGCUGCUGUCAUUCCAGAUGUUUCUCUCUUCUUCUUCUUUUUUUAACUCUGUGUAGAGAAACAGCAGCUCUAGAAAAUGAUUGAGUUUUUUUUAUUGUCCAUUUUGACCGUUUACCUUGUUAGUCAUCUCCACUUCCUGUUGCUUCCCAGUCUCUGUGAGUGUUUUCAGUCCUCAUUAAAGCGCCAGAUAGUCCCACCACAUCCAGGUAGGAGUAGAUAUAUUUUUCUAGAAUGUACAUUUAAAAAAGGUAAUAAGAUUGAAAUAACGAGACACUAAUGACUUCUUAAAGAGCCUCGGUAGGACGUGAAUCUGACACAAUCGCCCGACAUCAGUGUGAACAGUCAGUGAAAAAGACCAAAACCAAAGAUUUAAAAGCUGAUCCCCGUCCUCUGACGUAAAACGAUUCAAAUUCCUUCAUCACAAGGUGUUUUUGUAAUUUUACCCUCUGCUACGGCACGACAGAAAAUCAGACGCUGGAAAUAGUGAGCUGCUAGCAUGUGGUGCUAAAGCUAAGCUAACACCUGCCAGUCAAUCUUACCAUUCUGAAACUUCCCUUGGUUUACUCUCUAAAGAUGCAGCCAGAGGUUUUUUUUCUUUUUAAGGUACUUGAUGUGAAUUUCAGGGUUUAAAAAAAUACUGUAAAUGUUCCAAAAUUAACUAAAGAGAAUAUGAAGAAACGGCUGCUUUGACCUGAUCUGCACACUGAGCUUUUUUAUCAUUGAAAUAAGGCCUGUAUUUUCAUGUAAUACCAGUUUGGACCACAGGAUGGCACACCGAGUCAUUACAGUGAGUGUCCAGGAAAAGACAAAGCCUCCUGAGCGACAGGGAAAUAUAAACAACUGUAUCUGAAAAAGGCUCAACUCACUCAGCAAACACUGCCCCCUGGUGGUGAACAUUUUAGUUAGUCUGCAGAGGGGAAUUACAAAAAGUACCUUUUAACCGUACACUUGCUCAUCAGACCACUUUGUGAGCUUUUGCAUGUGUUUUUUCACCGUGUCUGGUGUAUCUUUUUUUAAAUCAAAAAAAGUUGGUAAUGAAAAAUGCGUCGUUGUUCUCCGAGUGCAGAUCAGCUGGUAGAUUCCAGUUUGUACCGACUGUUCGGACUGAGAACUGAACAAACGUUAUGGAGUCGGGCGUGCGCCUGCAGGGUGAGCAGUGGGUUCACUUCAGCUGUGGAGGUGUUUUUGUUUAAUGUCCAAACGAGCCGCCGUCGCUGGGUGUGUAAGAAGACUUGGAGGAACUUUGAUUUUUUUAAUAUUAGCCGUUUUUUGUUCGUCCUCUGUGUACUCGAGUAGAUUGGAGCCAUAGGAAUCCAGCGGUUAACCUCUGAUUAAAAAAGAGUCGUUUAUAUGAAACAUCUGGAUGAAGCAAUGUAGGGGUUUUUUUUAAAACAAAUGCUGUUAGCCACAAAUGAUUCUUCUUCAUCACGUAGGCAAAUCUUUGUUUUUUUGUGCUUUUAUGUUUAUUUUAUCUGAUGAAUCUGUUCAAACCUGGUGAUGUGUUUGCAGGCGGCUACGAGAAACACACUGCAUGUAUUUAUUGCACUUCUGUGAUUUUUAUUUUUUUUGGGGA